UAACCCGUGUGGCUAGGUGGACGGAUCGCUCGGGAAGAACGUAUCACGAGAAGCCGACAGCGUUCGUGUAAUUCAGAACGGCCGUAACCUUACACGUGCCAUGUCGACACGGAGGCAGAGAAAGUUUUCCUUUACCGGAUCGGGAGCUACCUGGCUUAGAUGGCCUUCGUGUCGACUUGGUGAUUUUCAAACUCAACCCUGUAGACCAAACAAUGUCUUUUGUAUUGCAUAUAAGAGGGCGUUGAGAAAAUAGCCUUCCCCCAGACAAUAGAGUGUAAAUGGACAAACAUACGGAUUAAGCUACAGUACACAGUCUGGUCUCAAACGGCUUUGGAGGGACCAAAACAAACUGAUUUGCGCGUAAAAACAACGACGGCUGUUCGGUUGGAGACAACAGCCACUAUGGAGGACGAGAGAGAUAUCAACCAAACGUAUAUCUCUACGGUGGCCAUGGGCGAUUACCCGAACUACACGGUGUAUGAGUAUAAUACUAUCAACACGGCGUAUCCUGGAAUGAUGGAAGUCAGCAGAAUUGUUAGCAGUUAUGUCAGACCAACAGUUAUUUGUUUCGGAUUGUUUUCAAACAUAUUUAUGUUCGUGUUGAUUCUGAACAGUAAACUCCGCAAGCACGCUCCCAUGAUCUACAUUGCCGGAAUCAGUCUCACAGACUCGGGAUAUUUAUUGUUCAACUUAUUCUUCUGGAUCCAAAUAGCGUUCCAUGUUAACAUCUAUCACAUCACAGGUAUGUGUCAGCUGAUAAACUACUGUAUGAAAGCUUUCAACUUCCUGUCCCGCUGGUACAUGGCCGCGUUCGCCACGGAAAGACUCAUCUGGGAGUUCUUACCCGAAAGACGCGCUGAGCUUUGCAGUGUCUUCAAGACAAAGUUGGUGCUACUUUCUACUGCCGUUCUGGCCAUAUACGGCCAUGUGUACUACUGUUGGUUCUUGGAAGUAUCUGAAUCUACCAACAACAUGUGUGGUGUGGACCGGGUUUAUUUUCAAACCCUUAACAUUAUUCUUCAAAUAGAUUCAGUGUUUGCCUACAUGAUUCCCUAUGGCUUGAUCAUCGCAAUAAGUAUCAUCGUCGCUGUGCGCAAAAUUCGCUGUCAUUCACGAAGCGAAAAUACGGAGCCGUUACCAGAGAGAACUGUCCGACAGCGAGGGCGGCUACAGAUCGUUGACAAUCGGGAGGACAGAGUGCGCCAUGUGCACGCCACCGGCAUUCUGCUCUGCAUAACCCUGUCUCUUGUCCUACUAACAGUACCAAAAAAUACACACGAUUUCGUAGGAAAGAUGUUUUCAAAGUUUAUUUUUCCUCACUCAUGGACGGAUAUUUUGAUGGUUUGUAUCGAGAUACAUUUCGCAACCAAGCCUCUUAUAUGCUUUAUUAUUUCUCCGAAAGCUCGAUACUGUGCAAAGCGGCUAAUAAAGCGUGCGUUGAGCCGUGCGACAAAUAGGAAAACAGCUCGGCCCAAUUCAAACAGCAUCAACUUACAGGAGUUUAACAUGGAGGAAUGCUCAGGAGGCACCCUCAUAGCCGUUGUCUAGUUGAACUUGUAUGAUAUAUUGGUGUCACAGCAGGCUAUCGUGUUCUCUCUUUGCGUCAAACUUUACGUUCUUGCCACAUUUGUGGGGAUUACACAAUCCCAAGGAAUGACUCCAAGAUCGCCUUCUAGAAUGGGCCAUCUUCAUGUGCAUGGGUUAUACAGAACUAUAUUUAUAUUCAAAAUCCAGUGGUGCGCUUUUAAUAAUUUACAUAAUAAUAGCAUAUGUAUUGAUGAUUA